AUGUCCCAAAACAAGAGGAGAAGAGCGGAGGAGACGGACUCGUUGACCCGGGACACGGAAGCCAUGGGAGAGCAACGCCUGGGCUCGUGGCCCAGCUUGAGGGGUUCGUUCAGCGCCUCGUCAACGCCGGUGGAGCAAUCGGGGAUGGACGGGGGGGCGAUGGCAGCUGGGGAGCAGCAGCAAGCGAACUUGGCGGCGGAGGUGGAUAGUAGCGGAGAAACGACGACGACGGAGCUCCAAGUGCGGAUGUUCAACACGUACACCCUGCAAAACCCGAUUACUCUGUACCCUUGGGAGCACAUGGCGGAGCCUUUAAAGCCCUCCACGAUGGAGCUGUUGGACUGGCCCGUGUCGGGAGAACACCUGGAAUACAGGUGGGACGCUGAUGGACACCUCCAAGGGUACGGUCGAUCGGUGGACGUGCUCUUUAGCGCGGUCGGAUCAUACGAGUGCUCCGUGGUCGUCUUCGACCCCACCCUGACGGGGAAAGACCCCACCCUGAGGGGGGGCACCACGGGCAACGAGGAGUCGGCGAGAGUGGCGGGGCCUUACAGUUUCACGGUCGAAGUGAAGUACGUGAGGAGGGAGAUACGCUCCUUGAGUGACCAGGACCGCGAGAUGUUCUUCAACGCGAUGGCGGUGAUGCAGAGGGUGCCGAGCGGGGUCGGGCAGAUCGUGUACGGGUCGAACUACUACAGCAAGGACUACCUUACCAGGCUUCACCUCUACUACGGCGGCACGAAAGACUGCGACCACUGGCACCAGGGAGCCGGCUUCGUGACGUCUCACAUGGCCCUGACGCUCAUGUUCGAGCAGUCCUUGCAGGCGAUCAACCCGGCCGUGACGGUGCCGUACUGGGACUUCACCCUCGAGAGCACCUUCUUCGGGUCAUCGGAUUUCCGCUCCAGCGGCGUUUUCGCGGAUGACUGGUUCGGCGCGGCGUCCCCUGAUAACGACCUCCACACCCCGACCAAGGGGCGGUUUGGGUACGUCCCCGCCAUGGCCGACGCCAAGGAGUUCUCCAAGGUCUACAACUCGUACGGCGUCCUGCGGUCCCCGUGGAACAAUGAUCCCUCGCCCUUCAUGACGAGGAGUUCGAUGAUCUACGGAUUCUUCAAUAACCUCAAGCCCUCCGGUUGCUUCGAGUACAGCCACGCCCUCAGACAUCAGGACUGGAUGAGCUUUUCCAUGGUCCUGAACGCCGCGGCGCACGGGCACAUCCACGAGACGGUGGGAGGUUCGUGGAAUCACUACUUCGGCGACGAGGCAAAGGAACUCGAUGAGGAGCAAGACGACAGCGUCAUGACCUUCGCCCACGAGAUACAGGCGCUCAGCAAGGAGCUUUGGCGAUCGGGUUUCUUGGACUGCCCGGACACCUGUUCCAUGGACACCCCCUGGGAGGACUGCCAGUGUCAGUGCGACGCCGGGGCCAUCGGCAGCCGCUCGGCGGCGCAGGUGCUGCAGGAGUCCGGGGUGUUGGACUCGGUCUCGUACUACGACUCCACGGGGGAGCUCAUCUCGUCUUUCAAGGACGAAAACGGCGACGUGUUGUACACCCUGCCGGGCUACUCCGAGGAGGAGAGCACCCAGAUCUACCAGCAGCUCAUGUACCUGCUGUGCUCCCCGGGACACAUCGGCACCAUGUUCCAGGCCACCAGCACGAACGACAUCACGUUCUGGGUGCUGCACCCCAGCGUCGACAGGUUGUGGCACCUCAAACGCUUGGGCUCGGAGGAGUUCAACGAGACGUGGGACUCGUUCCACGAUUGUGUGUGCCACAACCCGGCUGACCUCCAGCCGUUCCAUGGGAUGUUCCCGGACUGGGAUGACGAGCACGCGGAGGAGGAGGAGGACAGCGCAGCCUCGCCGUCGGCCAAGAGAUACUACACCAACAUGGAGCUCUACGGCCUUCUUCGGCCGGACCAGUCGGACCUGCCGUACGUUUACGACAACUUUGCGUGGCCCCACUGUUCGGUGUUGGGAGAGGACAUGGUAGCGUGAAGAGACCUUGGGUAGAUACAAGCCGGGGUGGGCAGCCGUUAUGGCGUCAAGUGUCGCGGUAUCUAGACUUGGGGAGUGCGGGGGACGUGGUCGUGUAUCACCAGUUCUGGUAUAGGGGGAAGUGGCUCUAGUGCAGAGUGUUGUGCAUUUUCUGUUUGGUUUCGUGGCUGGCUGGCUGGCUGGCUCCGCGCGGGAAACACGAGCGAGCGAGCGAGCGGCCUUUUGUGAUGGGACCCACACCUACCUGCCUCCGGCUGGUGGUGGUUGUGGUCUGCGGCGCCCCCUCGUUUGAGUUUCGGCAAGAAAUAUAGUCUUGUCCAUGUCCAUGCUACUCUUGGCGGACGGAUCAUGCGCAUUUGAUUCGACCGACCCCAUUUUGGGCAUUUCGAGUCUGGCUCGCGUGGAGGCUGAGAGGGGGGCGAGAGGGUAUAUUGCAGGGCGUAUGUAUCGCCUCUGGUGUGUUGUGUUUACUACUGCCAUCGUGCACGGCAGCCGUUCGUCGCGGAACCUUGGAAGGGCAGAUGCCCCUUGCUACGGCCGCGGUCUGGACGUGAAUGUCAUCCAUGUCUUGGUAGCCAGGUAGACUAUUGGGGGCGUGGAGGAGAGUGAGCAAUGUGUCUAAUAAUGCGUUUAAGGGACUGGUUGAUUUCGGCUGGCGGCGCAACCGUGUGUUUUGUUUUGUCUCUACUGAUGAGAGCUUUGUUGGAUGUUUCGCUGUCGCCCUCUCCCAUACUUUGUUUUUCUUUGCUCGCCUUCCUUUUUUUUUUUUUUACGUUCUUCGUGUCUUGUAGUGUAUUGUUCACAGUUUGAUUUUUUUAUUUGUUGUCGUCUGUGUUGGAAACGUCACGAGUAAUGAAGUAUUGCGCUGUCGGUGACUGCUACACCAUAGUUAUCACUCGCGUGGUCGAUUUUUUUUUUCAGAAAAGUGCAAGAAUGACGUGUGCUAUCUAGUGUUGCGUCUUAUCUUGCGUGCGUCAGCCGAAGACAGGCACAUAUGCACUAACGGAAGGUGGUACUCUUUGAAGUGGCUUCCUUUGCUGUGCCACCGAAACUUCUGUUGUUAUCGGCGUGCCUUUGUUAUCGGCGUGCCUUCAAUGUACCAUCAGGAUUUUGCUCUUUUCGCAGCAUAAUAGUUGGAUCCGGUUUCAGGUGUUUCGUGCGUGUGUUCCGUAACAGAUUUGGGACGCGGGGCAGGCUCGCGCUGCGCGCUGCGCGCUUAGGAAAAUUCCGUUGCGUGGUCAGCGCCUUGCUCAAGGUAUUAUUGUGCCUGGCUUUAAUACGACCAACGAGGUUAGCGGUAGCGACGGGCUGCGAAUGUGACGUCGUGCGUCGUUUUGUCGGCGCUGAGGGGGGGCGAGCGGUGCGCACUUGGAAGAAAA